CCGUGACCGAACGAGUCACGUGACGGUCUCGAGCGCGAUGCGCAGUCGCGGAGACAAGAUUCAAGAAGUGCAGCAAUGCGCAUUGCGCGGCCGUAACAAAAUAUAACCUCAGCCUCCACAUGUUGGAAGCAACAAGGCAACAAGCCUCACUUCGUUGUACCCUCUCUCAGCUUCGAGUGGACGGCGGCCUUAGUACACACCGUUUGCCCGCGCAUCGUUUCGAAACCCACGUGUUUGUUCUUUAUCCGCAAGCUCAAGUUUAAACAAAUCAAUAUGUCUGAAAUAGAAGUCGAAAAGAAGAAGAGGAAGAGAAGCAAGGCAGAAGACACCAUGUCCUUGGGUGAGGCUCAAAUCAAGAUGAAAUGUCACAUCGAACCAUCAGAGGGUCUUCCUCCCAAGCUAGAGUGCCAGGACUGGCCUCUUCUUUUCAAAAAUUUUGACAAGAUGAUUUGUCGCACCAAGCACUUCACACCCCUUGUCAGUGGCUCGGCUCCUCUACACAGAGAUAUCUCAGAGUAUGUCCAGUCAGGUUGCAUCAAUCUGGACAAACCAUCCAACCCGUCGUCUCACGAGGUCGUGGCUUGGAUUAAGAGAAUCUUGAAAGUACAGAAGACCGGCCAUUCAGGUACAUUGGAUCCUAAAGUAUCCGGUUGUUUGAUUGUUUGCAUAGAUAGAGCUACGCGUUUGGCUAAAUCUCAACAGUCUGCCGGUAAAGAGUACGUUGCUGUAUUCAAACUUCAUUCAGCUGUGGAUGAUGUUAAGAAAGUGUAUCAAGGAUUAGAAAAACUAAAAGGUGCUCUAUUCCAAAGACCCCCUCUUAUUUCGGCAGUAAAACGUCAAUUGAGAGUAAGGAAAGUCUAUGACAGUUGGUUAUUAGAUUAUGAUACCGAAAGAAAUAUGGGAAUUUUUAGAGUUAGUUGUGAAGCUGGUUCUUAUAUCAGAACUAUGUGUGUACAUUUGGGCUUAUUCCUUGGCACCGGAUGUCAAAUGACAGAGCUCAGAAGAAAUCGAUCAGGUAUUAUGUCUGAAAAAGAAGGUUUAGUAACCAUGCAUGAUAUCCUUGAUGCUCAAUGGUUGUAUGAAAAUCAUGGUGAUGAAUCUUACUUAAGAAGAGUCAUAAAGCCAUUGGAAACUCUUCUUGUCAAUCACAAAAGAAUCAUUGUUAAAGACAGUGCUGUGAAUGCUAUUUGCUAUGGAGCUAAAAUUAUGUUACCUGGUGUACUUAUGUAUGAUAAUGAUAUCCAAUUGAAUGAAGAAAUUGUUAUUGUCACAACAAAAGGAGAAGCUAUUGCUUUAGCUAUUGCUCUAAUGACAACACCUACGAUGUCUGCUUGUGAUCAUGGUGUUGUUGCUAAAAUUAAGCGAGUUAUCAUGGAAAGAGAUGCUUACCCCAGAAAAUGGGGUUUGGGUGCCACAGCUCUCAAAAAGAAGCGUUUAGUUUCUGAGGGCAAAUUGGACAAGCACGGAAAACCCAAUGAAAACACACCAGACGAUUGGCUCUCUGGAUACAAAGAUUACACUGCAGUGAAGACUGAACCUGAAGAGAAUGGAGAAAAGAAACUGGUGGAGGAAAUCGAAGAGACUCCUAAAGAAAGUCCUAAAAAAGAAACAAAGAAACGCAAACGCGAUCCCUCAGUCUCUGAUGCAGAAGGAGACAGUAAAAUGGUAGAAGGUUCUGAUGGAGAAAAUGCUGAGGCAGUUAAGGAAAAGAAAAAGAAGGACAAGAAGAAGAAGAAAGAAAAGAAAGAAAAAAAGAGAGAGAAGAAAGAUAAAGAAGCGGAGGAAGAUGUUGAAUAAAAUGUGACCUUAGGCUAGAAAAGAUGAUAGGAUUUGUUUAUAUUAAGAAUCUAAUGUCCAUUGGUGAUUCGAAAAAUUUCCACAAAAUCUUGUUUAUAUUUUAUCAUGCAUGAAAUUGCUCAAAUAUAUUGUAAUUAUAUUUAAAAUGAAAGUUCUCAAGUAUAGUUUGUAAGUGUAACUAUGCUCUUUUUGUAUGAUGUUUGACUUUUUUCUUUAAUCAUAAAGAGACUGCAAAUUCUUUGAAUAAAUUCAAUGGCAAUUAUUUUGUACAAUUAUGUUAGUUUUGUAAAGAAUUUAUUAUUUUCAUUAAAAUUCUGAAAAUACGAUAAA